ACUCUUGUUCACCAUCCACCAUGUCGAUCACAGUCCUUUGCUCGUCGUUCCCUCCGUUCCCGACGCUUUCUCUUUCUGUUCCAAAAGACACCCCAGUCGGAGAUCUGUAUGGCCUUCUACAUGAUCGCUACCCAGACCUUCCUUGCUUCGAUGAGCUUGCAUUCUCGCCUCACUCUGGUCUCAUUCCAAGCCCAGAAACUUCCUUGUCGGCCCUCCAUGCUCCAGAUGCGGACCUGUCUUCUUUUAUUUCCUUAAGAUUAAUACCGCGUUUAAGGGGUGGAAAAGGUGGAUUUGGUUCUCAACUACGGGCGGCUGGGGGUCGCAUGAGCAGUCAGAAAACAAGCAAUAAUGAUUCUUGUAGAGACUUGAGCGGACGUAGGUUGAGCACUAUCAAAGAAGCUAAAAAACUUGCAGAGUACGUCGAAAAUGAACCCGCUCGUAAGAGAGCUGCCGCAGAAGCGCAGAAAACGAAACUGGAGGCCCUGGAGAGGAAACUGGGUAUAACGCCUUCAGCAGCAGAGCGUAGUUCUUCCAAAAGAGCCGAUCCAGAGCCACUGGCCGGUAAGAAACAUCGAUUCGACGACUCAGAGUAUAUGGAACAAAGUCGAGAAAUGGUGGACAAUGUAAAGACCGCUGUAAUGGCAGGAUUGCUGAAGAAAAAGAAGAAGGCCAAGAUAAAUCACUCUUCCAGUUCUCCGGAAUCUGCAUCAGGCACUAAGGAUGAGAAAGCUGUAUCAGCUGCAACUACUGCCACCCUUACUGCAGUUACGAAUAAUGUUGUGGAAUCUGGCGCAACCGCCCCUAUCGCUGUGACUGCAUCGGUUGCAGUUGGGGUAGCUAGUGCUUAGGGCUUGGGAAAUGUACGGCCUGGUACAUAUUCAUAAUAUUUAUCCUAUGUAUGCGUAGUGUUGUUCUUGUACAAUAUUCAUGUAUUGUUUCUGCAGUAAAUAAGCAGACCGCACUAAA